GUUUCAUUGUUUACAGUAGGUACAAUUAGGUACAAUGCAUAGGUACCUACAGCUAUGCAGCUACAUGUAAUACGUGAGUUAAAGGUCUCCCCACAUGAUAUAAGCCCCUUGUUCCUUGUCGAACGAUAGAUCCAAACUUUUGUUAAACCCAUUGUUUUAAGCUCGCAAAGGUCGACAGCUUAGAACAAGCUUGAAAUACCUUCCCUACUCCAUUUCCUACCGCAAACAAUAACCACCCAACCACGCACAUAUAAGUUGCAAGCAUUAAAAUAGACAGCAUGGCCGACGAAAACAAAGAGCAGCAGCAGAUUUCAGUCGACGAGACUCCCAUUUCCCCUAUCCGCCCGAACGGUGAGAGGAGGAACUCGCUCGAACAACACUUGAAGCAGCGUCCUGACCGCUCCGAGCUUAUUGAGAGGAACAUCUUACCUGCUUCGAAUGUCGCCCCCGGCCUCCAGGAAAAGCAGAGGGAGCUCGCAAGACACAUGCGCGCCGAUUCGCUCAACGACAAGAUUUCCCACCGACCUCCUCCUGAGAAACUGAUCAAGGAUGGUGUACUUCACGAAGACCCCCGAUCGCCCGAGGAGAAGUACCAAGAGGCUAUCGAGGAGGAAUAUGCCAAACGCGAGGGCGGUGCUUAAAUGAAUGAAACGGGUUUGCUGGCUGUGAUACUCCUGGAUUGCUAUGAUGAUUUGACAAAUGCUAUCGGUUGAUAUCGAGUACUAUAUAGGUGGAAGCUUGCUGUAAAUUCAUGUGAAAUCUAAUAAAAUAUAAUCAUAAACAUAUUAUGCGGGACAAAUAAUUCAUGUUCUAUUUAAGCUAUCUACCUGAUCUUAAAGGGUAUGGCGUUUCUUGGGCUGAUCAUGGCAUCAUCUCACCCGUCUUGUAGCCGAGACCUUCC